AUGAAUAGUGCGUCGAAGUCUGGAAGCUAUAGCACCGGUGCUGACGUGACGACGGUUUUAAGCUUAACAAAAGCAUUGUCUGCAGCAGCGAUCCAAUUAAAGGAAGCAUUUUUGACCACUCUGGAUGGAACCGCCCAAGAUUGGUUCAACACGAUUCCGGACGGUUCGAUCCAAAACUUUGCUGAGUUGUCCAAACAUUUCUUGACUUAUUUCUUUGGGCAUAUACAACAUAAGAAACCAUUUUCACAUCUCUAUGGAGUAAAACAGGACAUCGGCGAAAGCUUAAGACAUUUCUUAAGCAAAUGGAAGACGGAAGUCAACAAUGUGUGCGACUUCGAUUCUAAGGCGACAAUCCUCAUGUUCAUCCAGGCAUUGAGGUCAUGCAAUUUUCAUAGACAGCUGAACACUCACCAUCUACGCUCCUAUGAGGAGCUAAUGAGGAUAGCAAACCGCUAUGCUGAGGCCGAGGAGGCUGAUAGAAAGAAGAAAGAUGAGGAAGAGGGCAGGAGGAGUGGACGACCUGACAAAGUUAGUCCGACCAACCACGCACCACACCCAAACCAGUUAUCCACAACGAAGGAGAAAGUUCAAGAAAGGCCUCGGCUCGCCCCACCGCAACACUUAACACCUCUUACUCACCCGGUUAGCGUGAUUCUAAGUCACGCCGAGGAGAUGGGAAUGGUGCAUUUUCCCUCAGAGUGUAUGGCAGUUUCUACGUGCGAGGACCAAACCAAGUACUGUCGGUUCCACCAACGAGUUGGACAUGAUACUGAUGAGUGCCAUGCUUUAAAAGGACAAGUAGAGGAACUGGUGCAGAGCGGAUACUUCACUCAAUUCGUUAAGUACCCAGGACAGUACCAGCAUCAACAAGGCCUACCCGGCAAUGUGUGGCGAAAGGAAGAAGAUCCUAAGCCUUUAGCCUCCAACACCAAGAAGAGAAGGUGCAACUAG